CUACCAUUCCUGGCUAUGUUUCAACUUUACAGACCGGAAGUGCAAAAAACUGGCAUAGCUGCGCGUCUCUUUUUCUGGUCUCUGUGGAAACGGCACAUCAGGCGUCACCGUGACGUCGGUCGAACGCGGGCCCUCAUGUCUACUGUGCGGUUUCUCUCCCGUGUAGCCGGGCCACUUUGCCUCAGGCGCUUUCUUCUCUCUCGAGAAAGUUCGUUUCGCUUCCUGGCGGUCCCGCUCUGCGCCUUAUCCAGCUGCCGUUCGCGCCAUGACCCUUUCCGGCCUUUGGGGCAAAGGAUGCGGUCUCUCGGUACUCUCUCGGCAGCGAGUUUGGUGCAAGCGGCUCCCGGCCCGCUCCAGCCAUAUCUGCGUCUAAUGAGACUGGACAAGCCCAUUGGGACUUGGCUGCUGUACCUACCCUGCACUUGGAGUAUAGCUCUUGCCGCAGAACCAGGUUGUUUCCCAGCCUGGGACAAGCUUUUGCUGUUUGGUGCUGGUGCAGUCCUGAUGCGUGGAGCAGGCUGUACAAUUAAUGACAUGUGGGACCAGGACUUUGACAAAAAGGUUACAAGAACAGCAAGUCGACCAUUGGCAGCUGGAGAGAUUUCAAGUUUUCAAUCUCUUGUUUUUCUUGGGGGACAGCUUACCUUGGCUUUAUGCAUCCUGUUAUGUUUAAAUUAUUACAGUGUUAUUCUGGGAGCAGCUUCUUUAUCUCUUGUGGUGACUUACCCACUUAUGAAGAGAUUAACGUAUUGGCCACAGUUAUUCUUGGGCCUUACCUUCAACUGGGGAGCCUUACUUGGGUGGUCAGCUGUCCAAGGCACUUGUGACUGGUCAGUUUGCUUGCCCCUGUAUUUCUCAGGAGUUUUGUGGACCUUGAUGUAUGACACUGUUUAUGCUCAUCAGGAUAAAAGGGACGAUCUUGCCAUAGGUGUGAAAUCUACAGCACUCCGAUUCAAUGAAAACACGAAGCCAUGGCUCAGUGGUUUCAGCACCAUGAUGCUUUUGGGUCUUACUGUGGCAGGAAUGCAUUGUGGCCAGACUUUCCCGUACUACGCAGCUGUGACUGCUGCAGGCAUCCACUUGGCUCAGCAGAUAUACACUUUGGACAUUCACAAUCCUGAAGAUUGCUGGAAAAAAUUUUCUUCUAACCGCACAAUAGGACUCUUGCUUUUCAUAGGGAUUGUACUUGGAAACCUAUGGAAAAGGAAAAAUCCAGAAGAAACGAAGAAACAUUUAGAUGGUACAGGAGAAAAUGUUGUUUUACAGACAGUAAAUGAACACAAGUAAAAAAAAAAAUUAUUAUGUGAUUUUAGCUAAUGUUUUCUUUCUAUUUAGAAUAUUUGAUUGAAGAAACCAUUUUUUUAGACAAAAGUGUAACCUUGUCUGUAAACUUUUCACUGUCACUAUAUGGUCCUGGGAAUAAAUCGGCUAUGUUUGAGUGCUUCCUGUCGAAACUAUAGAGGGAAAAACAUGUACAAGUUUACGCCUUAAGUUCAACAUUGUAAAAUUAUAAUGGGUGUGAGGACUGUUGUGUAUAUAGGAGUACUGUGAAUAAAAGCUAUGGCUCAUGAAA